AUGCCAUUUUCGCAAAUGUCUGCGUUCAAAAAAGAAGCAGAAAGACUUACAAACGCCGGAAUUUGGAAACCAAUCAGGUUUUCGCAAUGGGCAUCGCCUAUAGUACUUGUACCUAAACCUGAUGGGUCAGUACGUAUAUGCGGUGAUUUUAAACAAGCUGUCAACGCGCAAAUAGAUAUAGAGCAAUAUCCAUUGCCUACACGUGAAAGUCUAUUUCACGCAAUUCGCUGCGGUCAAAACUUUUCUAAGAUUGAUCUUAAGGACGCGUAUCUGCAGAUGGAGCUAGACGAUGAUUCAAAAGCAAUCAUGGUAGUCAACACGCCGUUGGGGCUAUAUCAGUAUCAACGUCUUCCGUAUGGAAUAGCCAGCGCGACAGCAAUUUUUCAAAGGUACCUCGAGCAACUUAUACAAGGCAUCGAAGGGUGUGGCAAUUAUCUUGAUGGCAUCAUCAUCACAGCGCCUACAUUCGAUGAGCACAUGCAACGCGUCGAAAACAUUCUCCAAGUUCUUCAAAGCAACGGUAUUAAAUGCAAACAGCAAAAGUGUUUUUUUCUCCAGGAAAAGAUCGAGUAUCUGGGUCGACAAAUCAGCGCAGGGGGAAUUUUGCCAGACGAAUUCGGCCUGGUAGCGGUAAGAGAUCAUAAGCCACUAAAAAACAUCAAGCAAGUCGAGGCAUUCAUGGAUAUCUGCCCUAUCAAUAUGCUACGCCGAAAAAACGUCCCAUUUACGUGGGGCCCAAAACAACAACAAGCGUUCACAUCACUUAAGCACCAUAUUCUUAACGCUACGCAACUUGCGCACUACGACGAGCAAUUACCUCUAGUGCUUGCCACUGAUGCUUCAUCUUAUGGCAUUGGUGCAGUGCUUUCGCACACCUAUCCUGAUGGCAGUGAGCGCCCAAUGGCUUUCGCAUCAAAGACGCUUGACAGACAUCAAGUUCGAUACAGCCAAAUAGAAAAAGAAGGCUUAUCUAUAAUGUUUGGGGUUAAACGGAUUCACCAAUAUCUUUAUGGUAGACCAUUCACGUUAAUAACUGACCACAAACCGCUGGUUAGCAUAUUUAACCCAAGCAGUCAAUUACCAACAAUGACGUCACAUCGGUUGCAACGCUGGGCCAUAACGCUCAUGACAUAUAAGUACGAUGUCAAAUAUCGCAAAACUGCUGAAAAUGAAUAUGCAGACGCGCUAUCACGACUACCGCUAGGGCCUGAUGAGGAAUUUGUCAAACAAGAAGCCUGUUUAAACGUUAGAACAAUUAAUACGCCGAUAGAUCCAGACGAUAUUUUAAAGCACGCCGGGAAAGAUGCAAUUCUACGCCGAGUUACAGCCUUUGUCAAAAAUGGGUGGCCAGAAAAGCUACCUCCUCAAGACUCUGAUCUUCGUUCAUCUUUCAAUAGGAAAAAUUCUUUGACAAUAAUUAACAAUCUUCCAUGUUUGCAAGCGGAACAUACUCGUGUAGUUAUUCCAGCAUCUUGGAAACAACAAAUUCUUCAAUUACUUCAUGAUGGUCACUGGGGUACAUCCAGGAUUAAACAAUUAGCCAGACAACACGUAUGGUGGGUGGACAUCGACAACGAUAUCGCCAAGCUCGCAGCAAAGUGCGACAUAUGCAAAGCUGUAAGCCCUGGUCCAGCACGAGAAUACGAAGGUUGGCCUGAACCAAACCAUCCAUGGGAAAGGGUCCACGUCGACUUUGCAGGUCCGUUUUUCUAUUCUAUGUGGCUCAUUUGUGUGGAUGCAUUCUCGCAAUUUCCAUUCAUUGCUCAACUGACGACUACAACUACAGCUGAUACAAUUUCUGCGCUAGCUGCAAUUUUCGCUACCGAAGGAAUUCCAAAAACUCUCAAGUUCCGUAUCCCCUGCAUCAUGCGUAUGCCACAACAAACUCAUCAACUACGUGCUCAGCCGUAUCUUCAAAUGCUAAAACAGCAACAACUGCAUCAACAGAACUUCUACUAG